AUGCUGGCAGCAUUCCAGUGGAGACUGCCGGACGCAUACUGGAUUUCUCGGUCUAACGGACACUUGAAGUUUGAGAUGCAACAGGAUGCGCUGGAUCGCGAUGUCGAUUGGGAAAGGGUUUGUCUGGACAUUGAGGAGAUGUGGCUAAGCGGCAAUGAUUGCGCUGCUGCAACGAAAAACCGUGCGCAGGCUCUGGGGUCACUUGGAAUUAUGAGGGAGCUUUUGCUGCGGGAAGUUGAGAAGAAGUCGACUCAGUCUGAGAACCUGGCGAAUGGAAGGAUGAAUCGGGCCGAAAGAAGGACUACUUUCAGGGUUCUGGGUUGUCGGCGGAUAAGCCAGCGUAAAAGACGGUCAUUGCACCAGGGGUCUUUCAAAAUCCUUGCUUGCACGUUGCAGUGGCCGUGGUGGAAACGCAGAGCGUAG